ACUCCUGUCCCUGCAGCCCCAUGUACUCCUCUGGCAAGGAGCUUCCUCAGACCCAGAACCAAAAAUCGGGUGCCAGAAAGCUAAGAUGACGUCUGAUUGCAGAUACUACUGAUGGUCUAGACACCUAUUUCUGGACUGAAAAUGUCAAAACAAUCAGAGGCCCCACUCUCCUUGUCGGACUGUCGUUGUAACAUUUGCAUGGAUAUCUUUUUGGAGCCAGUGACACUACCAUGCCACCAUACUCUUUGCAAUUCCUGUUUCCAGCUUACAGUGGAAAAGGCCAGCCUGUGCUGUCCUUUUUGUCGUCGGCGAGUCUCGUCUUGGGCAAGAUAUAAUGCUCGCAAGAACACUCUGAUUAAUUCAGAAUUUUGGGAGAAGAUUCAAAAGUAUUUCCCAGAAGAAUGCCAGCGCAGAAUUAAUGGACAAGACCUAGAAGAAGAUAGUAUAGCAUGCAUACCUCAGCCAGUACAUUGCUUAAGUAAACCUGGAGAAUUAAGGCAAGAAUAUGAAGCUGAGAUAAGUAAGGCAGAAGCAGAACGACAUGCUUAUGAACAAGAAGAGAGAAGAGCAAGUGAAGCGUAUAUUCAAAGACUGUUAGCAGAAGAGGAGAGGGAGCAGAGGUUAGCAGAAGAAAAGAAAAAACAUAUGACGGAACAGUUACUACAUGAUGAAAUGUUGGCACGUGAACUAAGUUUCAGUCUGAACAGGUCUGCUAAGGAGCACAUACACAACUGCCUUUCCUCCAGCCCCUCCCCUUCUGAUUCCUGCCAAACAUCAAAAAGCAAAUCGAGCAGUUCUGGUGACAUUAAAAUAGCUGUGAGGAGAAGAUCAGAAGCAACUGGGUAUUUCUCUCCAAAGUCCUGCAAUGCCAUGCCUCGCAGGUUGCUCUUCAGAAAAUCAGAGGAGGAAAAGGUUGACUCAUUUUCUGGGGAAAGCAAUAAAAGCAGUUUUACAUCAGAAGAGGAGAAAAAAGAGAAUGAAAUGCCUGCGCUGUCUCCCCAGACAACUGGCGAAGCAAGAAAUAUUAAGGAUGGUUCUUUAGAGCCUUCUGUGUCACGCAUCAGUAUAUUUACUACAACUGAGUCCAGUCCAAACCUGUCACAUUUUUCCAGCUGUCAGGCAGAUGAACUUUCUAGUGUUCCACACAGAGAAACUUAUGUGACUCCGUGCCAUUUCUCAAAAGGAGGUGCAGCUGAUUGUGACUUCAAAAAUGGUGAUGUUACAGACCACAUGUACUUAACAAAAAAUGGAAAUUUUAGUACUCAAGAAUCUGAUAGCCUUCAGGGCAGCAGUAUUACAACCUCUGCCCAGGCAAAAAUAGGGAGCACUUCAGUAGAAAAUAAAAGCCGAGCACUAAAUCUGACCACCGAAGAGAUUCCAAAAAGAAAAUCUCAAGAAUCACCAUCUGAAGAAGCAGUAGAGGCAUAUAUAAAUGAGAAAAGGAGAAGAACUUCCUCACAAAGUGAAGAUGACAUGAGCGACAUAGAUGUACAACAGCAGAUAAGUUUGGAACAGCAGCUUUAUGAAAGGUAUAAACAAGAAGAGGAGGAUAGACGUCUGGCUCUGAAGCUUCAGAAGGAACUAGAUAAAGAGCAGAAAACACUAAAUCGAAAAAAAGGCUCCCCAGAUGAGUACCUUUUGCGUCCUACAACAUCUCAGUCAGCAAAAGAAUCUCCAUCAGUUAAGAAGCUUUGCAGGUGCUCAAAGAAUUCAAAAUCUACAAACAGACAAUCUGAAAUAGAUAAAAAAUUGCACAGAGGGUUGUACAAUGAGAAUUUGAAGUCCUCUAACAAAGUCCGGAAAAAGUCCUCUAUAAAAGGGGGUAAUGUUUUGAAUGGUGUUCUUAAUAGGCCAGACUCAAAAGAUGCAGAAUUACUUCCAUCCAAACAAAAAACAAUUCUUCAGAUGUUCGAAAGGCCUGCUACAAACUAGAGCAUGAAUGUUGCCUGUGAAAACAUUAUGGUAUUGAUAGGGGAGUUAAAGCGUCGACAUGCUUGAACCAGUAGUGCCUCCUGUAUGCCCAUUAAUUUCUAUUUCUUCUGUCUUAGUUUUAUGACCCAUUCAUGUUGUCCAAUUAUUCUGAGUUUUAAGAGAGAGAUUUAUUGUAAACCAUAAAGUUAUUAAAGCAGCAUCAUAGCGACACCCAAUAUCCCGCCCCCAACAUAUGUAAAAAUCUGACAGUUGGUUUUGGUAUACUUUGCUUAAUAACUGCAGUUGCUCCCCAUAUUCACAUAGGUUUUACAUAUUAAAUAUUCCAAAUGUCAUUCGACUGUUUGCAGUAGGCUAUUAAGAUACCUUAAAUUCCAAAUGAAUAUAGUUUUGUUUUCUUAGAAUUCUAAAUCUUCAUUUGUUUAGAAGAUAAAAUGACUGUCAACACUCGCAAGAACGUAUUUAUUUUGAAUAAACUUCAACAACUGUAUGAAAAAUAUACUUGAUAAGAUUUAACAUAUAAAGCAGCAUUUGUGAGAACACAAGGCUUAUAUACAUGUUCAUUUAUGUUUUCAUAGUAAGUACCAUAUUUUACUGUGUAUACAACCCUCCAAUGUAUAAAACACCCUCCUAAUGUUGACCCUU